CAAAUUGUUGUAAAUUUGUUUCUUAUUCAAGAAAGUUAAACAUAAUAUUCAUUCGAUAAAUUUAGAAGUAAUAUUAUAUCAUGAAUACAAUUUGUAGAGUGUAGUUACAAGUUAAAAUUAUUAUAUUGAAUGAUUUCAACUAAAUAUGAACUUAGGAGAAAUUUAGAUAAUGAUAGCCUUUAUAAAAGAAGGAGGGAAUAAGAUUUUAAUAUGGUGUAUAGAGUUGAAAAUGAACCAAACAUUAUUAAAAGAUAGGACAUUACAAUACAAAUGGCAAGAUUUUUUAAAAGAACGGUGCCUAAUCAGGUAUAAUCAUAAAAAUGAAUAUAAGAAAUCUAAUAAAAUUAGAAAUGAUCAGAAGGUUAAUAAAAGGAAGAAUAAUGAUACAGACCUGAUAAAGAUAUAGUAUUCUUACAUUAUUCAAUAUAUAGAUGGAUAUAUGUCAUAAAAAGGUAAUGUAAUAGAAGCUUUUAAAAUACUAUUAUAUAAAAGAGAAGGAAGAAAUAAAUAUAGUAAGAUAAAAUUAUACGUAAUACCUUAAUAAACUGAGAUUGGAUCAAUUAAAUGGAUAAAAUAAAUAAAUAGAAGAGUAAGAGAAUACUCAUGAGAAUACUUAACAUAUUUAAGGAGCAAUAUAGAAGUGAAACCAAAAGAAUCACUCAAUAUUUCAUAUGAAUCAAUUAAACAUUUCAAGAGCUUG